AUGCGCUGGUUCCUAAUCCUCAUAAUAAUCCUCUUCCUCCUUCUCCUCGCCUACAUCUCCUGGAUCGCCUUCACCCACUACCGCGCCCACCGCGCCGGCCUCCCCCCACCCCCUCUAAAAUCCUACAUUCCUUUCACAUCCUCCUCCAGCCAUUACAGAGACAGCAGUUACCCGACCCCGCGCAGCGCCGGGAUCGCAGGCUGGGCUAAAGAUCGAUGGGCUGCGUUGCGCAAUCGGAGGACGGCUAGGGGUGCGUAUGAAGAGCCGCUUCAUCCUGGGAUUUCGCGGGGGAGGGAUAGGACUGGUGGCGGUACUGAGUAUGGGGGCGGGUAUGCGCAUGAUGAGAUUUGGGAUUCGAGGAUGGGGGACGGUGGGUAUUAUGAGGAGCAGGAGUUGGGGCUUGCAAGGCCUGGAGCUGGGGGUGCUGGAGUGGGAGUGGGAGCGGGAGCGGGAGCGGCCAGUGGACCGUAUGAUGAGGGUGCGGCGGCGUAUCAUGGAGCGGGAUCCAGAGUACUGCCUAAUAUUAGCACGACGGUGAUUGAUUUGCCGGCUGAUGAGCGCGAGCAGGAGGUUGAGAGGGGGAGGAGCCGGAGUUGGGAGGCAAGGGUUGUGGACAAGGAUCCAUUUGGGGAUGAGGCGGAGCCAAGUCAUUUGAAAGAUGUCAGUCCACGGCCGGUGAUGGAGGGUGAUCUGGCUGGUGGUGAUGGUAUGGCGGGAGCAGGUGGCUCUUCUUCGGGGCGGGAUCCGUCAACAGAUCGUAAAAGUGCAUUUAGGGAGGAUUUAUGA